CACUAACAGUCCCGCAUGUUGCAGUAAGUUUUCACAUUCUCGUCGCUCCAACUCUCGCAUGGCCAGUCCGCGCGGCUCGACAUCGGAGAGCCUACCACCGGGCGAAACCUCCACGUUUGCACGCCGUCGCAGGGGCGCCAUACGCCACAAGGAAGUCUUCGAGGUCAAAGAACACAAAUUCGUCGCUCGAUUUCUCAAACAGCCGACCUUCUGCUCGCACUGCAAAGACUUCAUAUGGGGGCUGCUCUCCAAGCAAGGAUUACAAUGCCAAGUCUGUAGCUUCGUCGUGCACAAGCGCUGUCACGAUCUGGUGACGUUUCGCUGCCCGGGAGCGGACGAGGGCGUCGAUUCCGACGCGCCGCGCUCUGCUCAUCGCUUCAAGUCGCAUACCUAUGCGUCACCGACGUUUUGCGACCACUGCGGCUCGUUGCUGUACGGCCUCUUCAAUCAAGGCCUCAAAUGUUCGGAGUGCCAGGUGAAUGUACACAAAAAGUGCGAACGGCUUGUGCCGAAGCUUUGCGGGCAGGACUUUACGGAAAAGCGUGGAAGAAUUCGGUUGAAGAUUUCGUAUCAGAAGGCAACGCCAGUGCUCGGAAAGUUGGUUGUUAAUGUCUUCGAAUGUAGGAAUCUUCCACCAAUGGAUCCCAACGGACUGGCUGAUCCAUACGUGAAACUCAAACUCAAACCUGAUCAGGACAAGUCGAGCAAAAAGAAAACUGCCAUUCAGAAAGCAACACUUAAUCCUAUCUUUAAUGAAAGCUUUGAAUUGUAUGUCACAGAUGACAUGGUGAGAGAUCAUAGGUUACUCCUUGAAGUAUGGGAUUGGGAUCGUACAACUAGGAAUGACUUCAUGGGUAGCAUGUCGUUCCCAAUCAGUGAGCUACUAAGUGGCAAUGUCGUUCAUGAUGGAUGGUUCAAACUUAUGGAUCACAAAGAAGGUGAUCAUCACUAUCAUCUUUGCCCCAGUGAUGAAGACAUAGAGAAACGAAUAGCUGAAAAGCUCAAGAUUGAUGAAACCGCUGCUUCUAAGGCAAAGACCACCUCGACGAGUCCACAGACAGUCAAUCCUACAGGCUCCCAGAAGAGGUUUGGUCUUGCAGAUUUCAAUUUCAUUGUUGUACUCGGCAAGGGCAGCUUUGGAAAGGUGAUGCUGGCUGAAUUGAAGGGCCAGGAUCAAUAUUUUGCCAUCAAAGUACUCAAAAAAGAUGUCAUCGUUCAAGAUGAUGACGUGGAGUGUACAAUGAUUGAGAAACGCGUGCUUGCUCUUCAGAAAAAGCCACCUUUUCUAACCGCCCUUCACUGUGCAUUUCAGACAGAGGGCCAUCUUUUCUUUGUUAUGGAAUAUGUGAAUGGUGGCGAUCUGAUGUUCCACAUUCAACAGUUUGGACGAUUUAGAGAACCACAAGCUUCGUUUUAUUCUGCAGAAAUUGUAUUGGGGUUGAUGUACCUUCAUGCUCAAAAUAUUAUCUACCGUGAUUUAAAGCUAGACAACGUUCUACUGGAUGCAGACGGACACGUCAAGAUUGCCGAUUUUGGAAUGUGCAAGGAGAAUAUCACCGAUGGAAACACAACACGAACUUUCUGUGGCACACCAGAUUACAUAGCUCCAGAGAUUGUUGCCUAUCAACCAUAUGGAAAGUCAGUAGACUGGUGGGCCUUAGGAGUAUUGAUGUUUGAGAUGAUGGUUGGUCAGCCUCCGUUCGAUGGUCGUGAUGAAGAUGAUUUGUUUAAUCAUAUAUUAGAAAAACAAGUGCACUUUCCGAAGUUUCUAUCCAAAGAAGCAGUAGCUAUUCUGAAAGGGUUCUUGGCCAAACAUCCAGCAAGACGUCUUGGCUGUGGCGAAUCAAGUGAGCAAGACAUCAAACAACACGUUUUCUUUAGGAAGAUUGAAUGGGACAAACUAGCAGCAAGAGAAGUCCAACCUCCAUUCAAACCAAAAAUUAAAUCAAAGAAAGCUUGUAAUAAUUUUGACAAAGAAUUUACAUCAGAGGCCCCUCGUCUGACACCAGGCGACAAGAAAAUCAUUCAGCAAAUAAACCAAGCAGAUUUCAAAGAGUUCUCAUUCACCAAUCCAGAAUUCGUUGCAUGAACAGAUGUAGUAAGAUUCGAGACUUCGAGACAAUACUAUUUUCUCAAGAAAUUUUAAGACGAUAUUGGGUGUCAUCUAGGCUCUUGUAUGUACUGUAGUGCAUGGUGUUAGUUAAUUUCAAUGUACUGUAGUGGGGCAUAAAGUAUGGACUCAAUUGGUGUCGAGUUAACGAUUACAAGAGGAACAAUCACUUUCACUAAACAAGGGACGACUUACCGCUUGAGUUCAUGACAUUACGCGCAGCAGCUUAGAAUAUAAAUAUAACAACAAAAUAUUUCCAGUACUUUAA